AUGGAAAAGAACCGCCAUUUCCAUCUUCCUAAUAGAGGGCGAGGGCUCCUCACACGCCUAGACCAAUUCAGAUUCAAAGAGGACUACCGCAGCAGACUCCCAGACAGCAUCUCGCGCUUCACAGGAUACCGUCCACCAGGGGCAAGCCCACCAUAUGCCCCUCUCCCCUUCCCCCCCUUUAUCUGGCUCACCAAGAUCCCACUGAAAUACGAAAUCUGGCUCUUCGCCUGGAUCGGCGCAUUCGGCGGGAUCCUCCUAAUCGAAGCCAUCAUGUCCACAAGCACAGCGUUCCGAGACAUCUACAACACGCCGACAAUUGUAACCUCCUUUGGUGCAUCCGCGGUCCUCCUCUUCGGGGUUAUUGAAUCGCCCGUUGCGCAGCCCAGAAACUUUGUUUUCGGCCAUUUCUUGUCUGCGCUUGUGGGGACUUGUAUCACGCGCUUGUUUGUGCUGAAUUCCCAGUAUCAGGGGUAUCUGGUGAACAAGCAUUUUCAUCCUUCGACGUUCGUUAAUGGUGGACUGUCUAUGGCGACUUCGUUGCUUGUUAUGUUGGUUACCGGGUGUGCGCAUCCACCGUCUGGCGCAACAGGCCUAAACGCCGCAGUGCAGUCAGAUAUAGUGUCUCUCUCUUGGAGAUACCUACCGACAGUUCUCGCCUCAUCUCUUAUUAUGCUCGGGUGGGCUCUUAUCAUCAAUAACCUAGGGCGCAGGCGCUACCCACUGCACUGGUGGGCUGCUGGGGUGACGUUUGUCCGGAGCCCGGAUGAUGAGAACCACCAGGCGAUGCGGCAGGAUGAGGAGGCUCAGGCUGUAGAGGAAGAGCGCGAGGAGCAUGAAGAGGGGAGUCUCGCGGUCGAAAGUGACGUUGGUAAUGCGAGUUUUGAGCCUUCUUUUACUCGUCAGCCUAGGAGCCUUUCGUAG